AUGGCGAGUUUGACAGUGGCAAACGGUCUUGAAGAAGCUGUUGAGUUCCUUCCUGGCCGCCUGUAUUAUGUACCAUUGAAGAAAGGUCCUCCCCGACUUCCUGGCAUGCACUUCUUCUCUAUCGAUAACGAGCUGAUGUACUGGAAUUUCUACCUUGACUUUGGUCCACUUCAUCUUGGACAUACGUUUGUUUUUUCAGAAACGCUGAACAAGAAGUUAGCGGCUGCAGCCAGAGCUGGGGAGGUCGUUUACUUUUAUUCGUCGAUGGACGCACAACGCCGUGCAAAUGCUGUCUGUAUAUUGAGCUGCUGGGCUGUUUUGUUUCAGAACAUGAGCGCCGAAAAAGCCUUUGGCUUCUUUCAGCACAUGCGCUUUCCUCCUUUCCAUGACGCCACUCCAUCCGUCUGCACUUUUAAUCUGACAAUUCUGGACUGUCUGAAGGGCCUCGAGCGGGCUAUGAACAACGACUACAUUUCCAUCAAGACAUUUGACCUGCACGAAUUUCAACACUACGAACGAGUUGAGAAUGGCGAUCUAACGUGGGUAUCACCAAAAUUUAUCGCCUUUGCUGGCCCGCACAACACUUACCAGCGCACUUCUCAAGGCCACGUCAUGCUUACACCCGAGCACUACAUUCCCUACUUUAAAAAACGCAACGUAACCCUUGUGGUCCGCCUCAAUGACAAACAAUACGACGAAAAAAAGUUUCGUUCGGCAGGCAUCGACCACAUUGACCUCAUUUACCCCGAUGGCACGAAUGCACCAAUGCCUCUAUUAAUGAAGUUCAUCGAAGCUUGUGAGAAGACCCCAGGAGCUGUGGCAGUGCAUUGUAAAGCUGGUCUUGGACGAACGGGCACUUGCAUCGGUGCUUACAUGAUGAAGCAUCACUUGUUUUCGGCUCAUGAGCUUAUUGGAUGGCUCCGUCUGUGUCGGCCAGGUAGCGUCAUUGGUCCACAACAGCAAUUUAUGGAGGCAAUUGAAAGUAGAAUGCAUGAGCUCAAUCCGGCUAAAAAUGGGGGCUUGGUGUCGAUCUCACCACCGAAUGGUCAUGUGUCCGCAAUUCAAGGCGGACAGGAUGACAAACGAGGAGGAGGCAUUCGUACGGUGGUGGCUCCAAUUCGUAACGCAAUUUCGGGUAUUGGCCCGAUCAAUCGGGUGGUUAUGCACCCACAGAUUGGUCUCGAUAAGACGCAAGGCGACAAGCUCAAUGAACAAAAGUUAACGCGCUUCCGUAGCACGAAGACUGGUGGCAGUAGGCUGAUUUGGUGA